AUGGCGGAAAACGAACGUACGUUUACUGCACCUCAGAGCUUACUCGAUUCCAACCUUACCUUUCUGAACGAUGAACCGACACCUACUACAAUCACUCUCACACGAGAACGAUGCGUUGAUCCAAGUUUAAUAAACUCAUUUCUAAGGAUUUUAAGGCAUGGUAGUGAUGAUGUAAUAAGACAGAAAUUGAACAAUUACAGAAAACCUUCCUCUAUCAGCGAAAAAAAGUGUGACGCAUUUUUAAAGCAGGAACUAUAUCCAAAUUGGCAAAUACGGAGCAGUAUAAUUUCAUUCUGUGAUCAAGAAGCAACGCAAAUGAAAGCUGAGACAGACCGAAAAUUCAGCAACACUGGAUCGAGUGCCACAGGAACCAUUACUGAUGCUAGAAUUGACCCUUACGCAGCGAGGGAAAAACUAGAGGAUCAAGAGGCUCGAUAUAGGGAUUGGACAAGAGUAAAGGAAUGGGUGGCGAAUAACGAAAAAAUAGAACAAAUCUUAACUUCUACAACAGAUAGGAUUUUAAGACAAAAUUGCGAGCAAAACAAAAAUUACUUGGAACAGUUUGCACAGUUCUGUAAAGACAACACCUGA